GGUUGGAUUGUAUACUUCUGUUGUGUACAGGUGUUGGUGGCAUUGAAGCAGAAGCAGUGAUGUUGGGCCAGCCAAUCAGCAUGGUGCUUCCUGAGGUGGUUGGCUAUAAGCUGCUAGGUAACCCUCAGCCACUGAUAACGUCCACUGACAUUGUGCUCACCAUUACUAAGCACCUUCGCCAAGUUGGAGUCGUGGGUAAAUUCGUGGAGUUUUUUGGUCCUGGUGUAGCCCAGCUGUCAAUAGCUGACCGAGCCACCGUUGCCAAUAUGUGUCCCGAGUAUGGAGCAACAGCUGCCUUUUUCCCAGUGGAUGAUAUUAGCAUUGGGUACCUGAUACAAACUGGCCGUGAUAGAGAGACAGUUAUGUGCACAAAAAAGUAUCUUGAGGCUGUGGGAAUGCUUAGAGAUUUCAAGAACUCCUCUCAGGAUCCGGACUUCACACAGGUUGUUGAGUUGGAUCUCAAUACUGUUGUGCCUUGCUGCAGUGGACCAAAAAGACCCCAGGACAAAGUUGCUGUUUCGGAUAUGAAGAAGGACUUUGAGACUUGUCUGGGAGCCAAGCAAGGAUUUAAGGGAUUUCAAAUUGCCCCAGAUCAACACAACAGCAUAGUCAAAUUCAAUUUUGAGGGCUGUGACUUCGAGCUUGCUCACGGUUCAGUAGUGAUUGCUGCCAUUACAAGCUGUACAAACACCAGUAAUCCCUCAGUUAUGUUGGGAGCAGGAUUGCUUGCUAAGAAAGCUGUUGAAGCUGGUUUGACAGUGAAGCCAUACAUUAAAACUAGCCUGUCACCAGGAAGCGGUGUUGUCACUUACUAUCUGAGGGAGAGUGGAGUUAUGAGUUACCUUUCCCAACUAGGGUUUGAUGUGGUAGGUUAUGGCUGUAUGACGUGUAUUGGCAAUAGUGGACCCCUACCAGAGCCUGUUGUCCAGGCCAUUACACAGGCAGACCUCGUAGCGGUGGGUGUGUUGUCUGGCAAUAGGAAUUUCGAAGGGCGUGUCCAUCCCAACACCCGUGCUAACUACCUGGCUUCCCCACCACUGGUCAUAGCCUAUGCAAUUGCAGGGACUAUCCGGAUCGACUUUGAGAAAGAAUGUUUGGGAACAAAUGCUUCCGGGAAGAAGAUUUUUCUGAAAGAUAUCUGGCCAACAAGAAAUGAGAUUCAGGCUGUUGAGCGUCAGUUUGUUAUUCCUGGAAUGUUCAAGGAGGUCUACCAAAAAAUAGAGACAGUAAAUGAAUCCUGGAAUGCCUUAGAAGCUCCUUCAGAUAAACUAUAUACUUGGAAUCCCAAGUCAACUUACAUCAAGUCUCCACCUUUCUUUGAUGGUCUGACUUUGGCUCUUCAGACCCCAAAAACGAUAGAAGAUGCUUACGUCCUGUUGAAUUUUGGGGAUUCUGUGACAACAGACCACAUCUCUCCAGCUGGGAAUAUAGCAAGAAACAGUCCUGCAGCCCGUUAUUUGACCAGCAGAGGCUUAACUCCUAGAGAGUUCAAUUCUUAUGGGUCCCGCAGAGGGAAUGAUGCUGUCAUGACCAGAGGAACAUUUGCAAACAUUCGCUUGGUGAACAAAUUUAUUGAUAAACAAGGACCUCAGACUGUCCAUUUCCCUUCAGGGGAAACUCUGGACGUAUUUGAUGCUGCGGAAAGAUACAAGCAGGCUGGCCAUCCUCUGAUUGUGCUGGCUGGGAAGGAAUAUGGUGCAGGAAGUUCCAGAGACUGGGCAGCUAAAGGACCAUUCCUGUUGGGUGUCAAGGCCGUGCUUGCUGAAAGCUAUGAGAGAAUUCAUCGGAGCAACCUAGUAGGAAUGGGAGUGAUUCCUCUGCAGUAUUUGCCUGGAGAGGAUGCAGGGACUUUAGGACUCACUGGGCGGGAGCGUUACACGAUUGUAAUUCCUGAAAAACUAAAACCACAGAUGAAUGUCCAGAUUAAGCUGGAUACUGGGAAAACCUUUCAUGCCAUCAUGAGAUUUGACACUGACGUGGAGCUCACUUACUUCCACAAUGGCGGCAUUCUGAACUACAUGAUCCGUAAAAUGGCAUCCUAAUGUAAAAUAUUAAGCAAAACCAUCCAGGUACAAGCCUGCUUCUGGUGAGCAAAGUAAAAUGAUGGUAAUCAUAAACUUGAAAGUGUGAACCGUAAAGUGAA